AUGAAUCAGAGCCAGGACGAUGCAACGGAAUAUCACAUUGACAGUACCGCGAUGGUCGAGAUGCUGCUGCUCUUUUUGGUAAUGAUGUUCAUCGUCAUCGUCAACAUCCUAACGCUGAUUACUGUCGCCAUCCACCGGAUUAUGUGGACCGUGCCCAACAUGUACGUAGUUUCGCUGGCGAUGGCCGAUUUACUAACCGGCUUCUCAAUCAUUUACCAACUGUUGCCUAUCUUUCCGGAACUGAAGCCAAAGUUUGACAGCAAUAAAUUCCUUUGUCUAUUUAAACAUUCAACGCUGUUUACAUUGGUAUCGACUUCGAUUUUGAAUAUGAUUCUCAUUGCUUUCGACAGAUGGGCGUACGUUACGUAUCCUUUUGUAUAUGAACGACUGUCAACAAUAAAAAGAGCUGUGAUGCUCAUUGCGUUGUCAUGGGUCCUGGGAAUACUUAUUGGCACAGUGCCACUGUAUGUCAAUAACUGGAGACGUGGUUGUAGGUUUUUUGAAGUACUGAGUAUGGAAUAUCAGAUAUACGGCCAAGGGAGCUUUUUCGUAGUGUCUUCGAUAAUCAUCGCAGCUUGCUACUUACAUAUAUUUCAUAUUGUGAGAAAACAGAAAGCGCUCAUUCUCCGACAGAGAUUAAGUAUUGCUAACCUCGACCAUACUAGUUGUGUUCCCAAACGGCAUCGUUCGCACUCGGUGUGGGCGGUGAUACCGGUGGGCGAGAUGAGACUGGCGAAACUCCACAACGACUUUGACUUGGUCAAAACGUUUAGUCUCGUAUUCGGUGUUUUCUUCUGCUGCUGCUCUCCGGCUUUGAUAUUGGGAAUCGUCACGUACACAACGGGGAAAUACAAGGAUGCCACAAUCUACACUAUUCCCAUUGUUGUAUUGAAUUCUGGGAUGAACUUUAUUAUUUACGUAUUGAGGAACAGCCAGUUUCGACAAGCAGUAAAAGCUACAUGUUUCGGAUGUCGACAUGUAGUAAACGAACCGGGUUGGGCAGUAAUGGUAACAUCGCCAUCUAUGACCACUCAUUCAUCAAGGCUAUCAUAG